AUGCCCUGUGGAGACCAGGGAGGGACCCAGAAAGAAGACCCCAAAGAAGGGCCCUGGGGAAGUCUCUGGCCGGAGUGGAAGCUUGAAGCAGCUGCGUCAUCGGAGACUUUAACGAGCUCCGUUGCUGUGGCCUUCGCUGCGGCAGCGGAUGCGAAUGAAGUGCCGCAGAAUCUGAGAGCCCUGUGCGAUCUGGCGGGAGAAUGCGCAGCCUGGCUGCAUGCCAGGACGAUGAUUGCCAUCGCUCAAGUGCAACUGCGGACGCCCUUCGACUUCAAGAACCUGCUUCGGCUGCUUCUGCGAAGCUUAGCCAAGGAUGCCCAGCCCUGUCAUAACUCCGACUGGGUUUCUCUGGCCGCAGAGCUGCAGCUCAUCGGCCUCGCGCAUGGCGACGGAGCGCUGGACCAGCGCUGCGCGGAGGCGGCUGCCAUGGUCCGCACGAGGGCUGCCAGGGGCGAAAUGGCUGCGGCCGCGGAGCUGUUCUGGGUGUUUCUGACAGCCAAGGCUCUGAACGAGGAGCUCCUUCAUUCCUUGGAGUCUUUACAGGACAUUCCGGACAAAGCACCCGAUGCACUUGCUGGGCUCCUGUGUGGGCUGGCCCAGCCGUGUGUUUACGAUAUCUUGGGUGCCAGGCUGCUGGAACUCGCCGACCACUUCGCCUGGCACUUGAGGGACCUUCCCCAAGAGCUUCCGACCAGGUCGCUGCCCCGAGUAGCUCUGGCACUGGCGGAUUUGAUGCAGCUGACGAAGGGUGGCCUUGGUCUACUGCAGGCCCUCCUCUCCGUCAACCGCAAUGCAACAUCGCGUCUCGAUGGGCUUUCCAUGGAAGAUCUGGCUGACUUGGUUGUUUCAUUGUCCUGUGCGCCAGAGCAGCAGGAUCUCAUGGAUGCAUUUCUGACGGAAGCCGGUCAUCGUCUGCAGGGUCGAGCAGGUCCUCCCGUGCCAAGCCCUGGAUCUGCGGUGGUUUUGCGGAGAGCUUUGGGGUCGGUGCCUUGUGGCAGCGUUGGUUUACUGGGAGAGUUCUGCCUGGUUACGGGCCGCUGGCGCAUCUGGCUGGAGGGCGUUUCCGUGGAUGCCCGGGAGGAGGACUUUGGGCUCUUGGACGGGGGUGCGCGGCCUCAGCGAUGCUGUUUCUCCUGCUGGCGGCUUGCGCCCCGGCUCUGGAAGUCCGAAGAUGCAUCUCGAGAAUUCUGCGAUGAGUGUCGCCAGAGCUGUGGGCGGGCAGAGGACGUCCCGAAGGAUCCAUGCGUCCGAGGCAUUGAAGACCUUCCUGCAGGCCUGGGGCUGUCGCCCCGAGCAUUGGCGCGGAUGGCUUUGGCCGCGGCUCAUGCGAGAAGGCCCCUUGUAGAGGGAUUGCUCAAGCAGUUCCGUGCUGCUGCAGAGCAGCUCUACCACAAAGUGACGGAGGAGCUACCUUUCCAGGAAGAGACAGGCCUUUCAAAGGCGAGUUCUUUGGCAAAGUCUGGGCCGGACAUUCCCGUUUUCGUCGUGAAUCUAGACCGCAGCCCACACAGGCUCGAGGAGAUGAGGCGAGAGGUGCAGCGCUGCGACCUGCGCGCGCGGCGCUUUGCGGCGACGGAUGGCCGGCAUCGCGUGGUGCGACGCAGCAAAUGUGAGCCAUACACCAGGGACUUGACAAGCUUCGCCUUGCGCUGGGACGAGGCUCGACCCGGCAUUGGUGUGGCGUUGACUGCUGACCAAGAGAGGCACUACGUGGGCUACGCCGGAUCUUGGUUGUCACACGUGCGGGCUUUGCGCCAGGGCUUUGAGGAAGGAUCUCCCUUCGUGGUCGUGCUCGAGGAUGACCAGGUUCUGAGUCCUGACUUCAGUGGCGUCUUGAGAGACAUCCUGGAUUCUGCUGGUGAUCUUCUGGAUGUCGUCAUCUUGGGUCCUUUAGAUUGGCGCUUGCGGAGCUUGCAGUAUGCACAGCGCCGCAAGGUCAUGCAGCUGAGACAUCCUUGCUCGGCGAGCAGGUCGAGCGAGGAGGAGUACAUGGCGGAGCUCUAUGGUUACAAGCCCACCUUAUGCCAGGAGAGCACAUACUUCCUCUAUUCUAUUGGAUCUCGGGCAAUGACAGGCGAAGAUCUGCUUUCCACGGGUUGUUGUGGAGUGUGGGGCUAUCUGGUCAGCCGCCGCGGGUGCCAGAAGAUGGAGGCUUCCAUGAAGUUCAUGUGGGAGUCCUUUGACGACGUGCUGCAAGCUGAGCUUCAAGGCGACAAUCGCUUCACCAGCUUUGUGGGGAAGCACCGCCUCUGGGCCGUGUGGCCCCCCCUCGUCUCCUCGGACGGGAAGUGGCCGUCGCAAAACUCUGGGGAGGAUCUCGAGCUUGGGAGACAGCUUGCACCUGUGAGUCCACAUGCGAGCUUCCGCGACCACUCCUUGCAGGUCCAGGCGGCUCGACUACUCCUCGGCCCGGAGGGCAAUGCUUUGAAGGCAGAGCAGAGGCAUCUCCGUGUGGCGGCCACUUCUGCGCUGCUCUGGCCGCCAGUGGAACCUGUUUGGGCUUAUGUGGUGCGAGGCUGGCGGCGGCUCUUCGCACAGCGGGCAGGAUCUGGUGGAGGUUUUGAGCUUCGGACAGAGAUGCAGCACAAGCUCUACAAAGAGCGGCGCUUCUUUGAACUGGCAUCUGAAGGCCUCACUUGGAGCUGGACGGUGCUUCGCGCCGCCUUCCUCUUCGGCUUCGCCCGUCCUCUGCCGGCGCUCUGGUCGACGACACCCCCGGAAGGCCCUCCGGUUCAGAUUCCGCCUUUGUCUUUGCGCGUGGUGUUUGGCCCGUGGUCGCAGCUGAACUGGGCUCCCAGUGCUUGGUGGAGAGAUUUGUUAGAUGCAGCACCGGGCUCUCGGAUUCACCAGCCGCAAGCUCCGCCAUUCGUACCGUUCACCGGUGCAGAGUUGAGGCAGCAGCUGCCUCGGGCUGCGUUUCGUGACAUCAAAGUCGAAGCGAUGGACUCCGCCGAAUCUGCAGGUGAAGCUCUGGUACUGGCUGCUGAAGUGGAUGUGACCCAGGAUCUGCUGCAGGCCCUGCGCCAAGAGCUCGUGGCUGGUCAUCCGGUCCUGGCGACUGCUCGCUCACUGGCGGCUCUCGCGGAACUUUGGAACUUGCUCUCUGAAACUCAGAAGCCGAAGCUCCAUCUCAGAGUCGCUUUCGUUGGUGCGAACCCUUUUGCGUCACAGCUGCGUCCUCCUACUGCGGUGGGAGCUGCCCCUGUGCCAGGGCGUUGGGCUCGAAUCUCCGGGCUGACAAGAAGGGCCGACCUCAACGGUUCCGAGGCCCUCCUUGCAGAGGAACGCGAUGAUGGCCGAUGGCGGGUCUCCACGUCCAGCGGAGACCUUGCGGUGCGGCAGGAGAACCUCGAAGUCUUCGUGGAAGAGCCCUGGCCACCUACACCGAGCCCAGGCCUUUCCGCUGCGGAGUGGAAGGCCAUCUGCAAUGCUCCGUCGCUGUCCACUGCCACCAUUGGCGGCACCAACGCGUUCUGGCUGGGGAUUCAGCCGUGCGGCCAGAGCCAGAAAAUGUGCCCGCACUGCGGAUCCCGGGGAAAGACCCUCUUGGAGGACAUGCGCGACAACAGUCCUUCCAAGAAUGGUGUCUCCUUCUCCUCCUUCACUGCCCCGUACAGUGCUAGGGACAGCUACGCCGGCAUGAGCGACCAGGCCAUGUCAUCUGGCAGCGGCCUUCUAACAGCAAGAUCGCUUGCCACAACAGCCGCUGGCACGAGCAAUCCGGAAUUCGAAGUGCAGAUAGAUCGUGCGCCCGGCUCAUCACUGGGCCUCAACUUGGACGCUUUGGACGGGCAGUCGCUUAUAAUCAGCGCCGUCAAGGCAGGCCCCAUUCGUGCUUAUAAUGAGGCGCAAGAAGACGAAGACCUCAUGCUUCAGCAACAUGCUCAGAGUGGAAAGGUCUUCCUGUACGCUUUCCAUGAACAUGCCCUCGUAGCAUUAGCUGACCCUGGCCAUUCAGCUACGCCGAACAUCAUGGACUCCUCUGCCAUGAGCAUUGCUGUUAUCAUCCCGGCGAUGAAUGAGGAGAAGGCCUUGCCCGCAACGUUGAGAACAGUGUUCAGCCAGGAGCCACCUCCCAGUGAGGUUGUGGUCGUAGAUCCUGGCUCGGUCGACCGGACCGCGGACGUUGCACGAAGCUGUGGAGCUUCAGUGCUUACCUCGCCGCGGGGCCGGUCCCUUCAGAUGAACGUUGGGGCAAAGAGCACCAAGGCGGCCCUCGCCAUGAAGGCGAAGCCGAAGCCAAAGGUCAGGGCCAAGGCCAAGGCCAAGCCCAAAGCCAAGGCCGAAGCGGAGCCGGAACAGAAAGAGCCCUUGGAGCUUUCGGAUUCUGCGAUCCCUCUGAAAGAGAGCAGCGGCUCUGCUCCGGCUGGGUCAGGUGCCGCAGCCGCACGGGCGGCCCGUGCAGAGGCGCAGAAGGAGUCGCCGCCCAGCCCGAAGCCCGAGGAGGAGGGUCCCCGGGAGGAUGCGGAGCCCAAGGCAGAAACCACGGCUCCUGAUCAGAAACCAGAAGCCAAAGAGCCUGAGCCGGUGAAGAUCCACCUAUCCGUGCCAGACCCUUGGGCAGAGGUCAGCGAUGACCUUGCCCUGACGCGGAUAAAGGAGGAGGAGUGGGAGGUUAUCGAGGCUUCCUCGGAACCUUCUGCACCCAGCCAUCUGGCUGCCAAAGAUGCCGAACUUGAUAGGCUGCAACUGAGCGAUGGGCAGCGGAAGCAGCUCGUCGCGGCUGAUGUGUCCGAGAACCAGCUUGCCUCGGCACAGGCUUUAGGAGGCCCACUGUGGCUAAGGUACCUGAAUAUCAGCACGAAUCCCAUCACGUCGCUUGACGGGCUGGCAGAGCUUUUUCCAAGGCUCCUUGUCCUGGACCUGAGCUUCGUGGAGCUUUCCGAGGUUCUCGGUGUUUGGAGGGCCCUGGCGGAACUGCCCCGGCUGCGGAAGCUGCAAGCGGAGGGCUGUGGCGUCGCCAGCUUUGAAGAUCUGGAGAAGAUGAGCGAGCUUCGCACACUGGAGCUCAAUGACAACGCACUCGAAGACCUUACAGAGUUGGACACCUUGGCUGCGAAGUGCCCGAACCUUCUGGAGCUCGACCUGCGUGAGAACGACGUCGCCUCGGAGCCAGGAUAUGCAAAGAAGGUGAAGAAGCUUUGGCCCAAGCUCACUUGGUUCGACAACCAGUCCUUAAAAAAGUAUGUGGCGGCUGGCGCGGCUGCUGUUUACGAUGCUGAAGUGAUGCGUGAGAAGGAUGUAGCUGCGGUUGACGGCAUGUUCAAGAACGAGUCCUGCUCAUGCCUCGAAGGCAAUCCAUGUGUGGAUCCAGCUACCUGCAAGGCACCCGUCCUCCUCUUCCUGCAUGCCGACACUCACUUGCCACCUGGGGCCCUAGCAGAGCUCCAGGUAGCACUCUGCGAUCCGGACGUCCAGGGUGGGUGCUUCGAGCUACGGUUUGACGAGGAGGCCGACAACGCAACCUUGCGACUUUGGAGUUGGUUUACCAGAACGGGCUGCUGCCGCACACCGCGCCUGGUCUUCGGCGAUCGGGGCAUCUUCGUGCGGCGGAAAGCGUUUGAACAGCUGACGGGCUACAGGGAGUGGCCGCUUCUGGAGGAUGUAGACUUUGCGAUGCGCCUGGCAAAGCUCAACCGGAGAGCUUUCCACUUCCUUCCGGCUGCCGUGACAACAUCAGCGAGACGAAUGCUGGAGAUGGGGCCACUGAAGCAGCAACUGCUGAACACGUGCAUCAUCAUUGCCUGGUACCUGGGCGCCAGCCCUGCCCGCAUGCGAGACUGGCAUGGGGACAGCAUCGUAGAGGUGAACGGAGCUAGAGGCAGUUCUCAGGCACUGCUGGAACGGCUGAAGGCGGACACUGUCUUGGUGCUUUACAUCAAGCGCCCGGUCGCCUUCACCAUCAGCAUUGCGAGAGCAUAUGCUCCGCUCGGCUUGCAGGUCGAGCAUGCACCAAACGGGACCAGCCUUUUAGUGAAGACCGCGGGGACCCAAGGCUGA